CGGCCGCCUCAGUGCCGUGGUGGAGAGCUGUGUGGAAAGACGUACGCCGCUUCUCUUCUCUCAUGUGAUAUCUCACAACUAACUGCAGUCUUCUUAUGUGACGUUGGAACACAUAUUAGAGGAUUCGAUCUUGUCUCUUCGAAGAGAAGAUUUGGUAUUGGUUCCGCGUGUCAGUUGACGUGUACGGAGCGGGGCGAGCUGUGACGCGAAAUAAGCUGUUAUUUUCCUACUGUUUCGUUCGUCUGCGAUUAGUGACAGCUGAUUCUCAUUUGUUAUCCAAAGGUGACGAUGGAGCCUCGCCAGUUCGCGAACCUCCGGCCGGUGUCGGCGCGGGGGAACCUCAACCAGACCUCCGCCACCUCCCCCCGCGGCGCCCUCUCCCCCCGCACGCCCUCCUCCCUCUCCUCCAGGACCACCUUCUCCCCCAGGGACAACCUCAGGAGCAGUCUGAUCCCCCGGAGUACCAACCCGCCCAGGGGUACCAACCUCUCGCCGCGGACCAACCUCUCGCCCAGGGGUACCACCGGCACGCUCAUCCCUGCGCCCGGAGGCUCGCCGAGUUCCACCUCCGCGAACACCACGACCCCUGGGGGAGGCGUGCCCAGGAGCCCCCGCGUGUGGAAGCCCAAGGGACCCCAGCAGACCUCCGGGAAGCCCAGCAGGAUCCUCAAGAAGGAGGAGAAGGACCAGAUGCUGAAGAAACUCACGCCGAUGCAGUACCGCGUCACGCAGGAGAAGAUCACCGAGAGGCCCUACUCCAACAAGUUCUACAAACACUGGGAUCGCGGGAUCUAUUCGUGCGUGGUUUGCGGGGAGGAGCUGUUCCUGUCGCACACCAAGUACGACUCGGGCUCCGGUUGGCCUGCUUUCUAUGACGUCAUCGAUAAUGAAAAGGUCUCCCUCAAGCAGGAUCUGUCUCAUGUUGGUGCUAACUUGCUGCUGUUAGUGUGCAACCCAUCACUGGCCCGAACGGAGGUGGGCUGCGCGACCUGCGGUGCUCACAUCGGCCACGUGUUCGACGACGGACCCAAGCCCACGGGGAAGCGCUUCUGCGUCAACUCCAACGCCCUCAGCUUCAUCCCUCAGGGCCCUGUGGACGAGGAGGCCAUUCCGCAAGUGUUGAGGAAGGAAAUCGUGCGCGCCUCGACCACACCUCGCCCUUCCGAGCCUCUGGUGCACUUAGCCUCGCCCUCGAACUCAUGUGCCCUCGGUGCCCGCAUGUGCUUCCGCGUCUCCAGCAUGGACACCUGCGAAGCCACCACGCCGCAGUCCUGA